AUGCCAGCACAAGCAAAUUCGGAAAAAUCCCAGCAGCUCCCGCCCGUCGAAAAGUCAGCGGAGCAGACGAAGAAGCGACAGAACAUCCUGACGCGGACGCUCUGGACGUUCAUUAUGAUCGGUGGUUUCAUAACCCUCAUGCUUAUGGGCCACGUUUAUAUGAUCAUCCUCGUCAUGCUUUGCCAGACGCUCGUGUACCGCGAGGUGACUGCGCUGUUCUCGCUCAAGCGGGUUGCGCCGGACUCGACCGAGAUCGUCGAGACCAAGGCGAAGCGGGAUCCUUGGAGCAAGACGCUCAACUGGUAUUUCUGGGCUGUCGCGAAUUAUUUCCUGUACGGCGAGAGCAUCAUCUAUUACUUCAAGCACGUCGUGUUCGUCGACGGCCAGCUCCUCCCCUUCGCGAUGAACCACCGCAUCAUCAGCUUCACGCUCUACACAAUCGGCUUCAUGGGCUUCGUCAUGUCGCUCAAGCGCGGCUACCUCAAGCAGCAGUUCGGCCUCUUCUGCUGGGUGCACAUGUCCCUCCUGCUCAUCGUCGUCUCCUCGCACUUCAUCGUGAACAACAUCCUUGAAGGGCUCAUCUGGUUCUUCGUCCCCGCCUCGCUCGUCAUCUGCAACGACGUGUUCGCGUACGUGUGGGGCAUGACCAUCGGCCGCACGCCGCUUAUCAAGCUCUCGCCCAAGAAGACCGUCGAGGGCUUCGUGGGCGCGUUCUGGAGCACGCUGCUCUUCAGCCUCGCGUGGGGCACGUACUUCAUGCGGUUCGACUACAUGAUCUGCCCCGUCCACGAUCUCGGCGUCUCCGCGUGGAGCGCGGUCAAGUGCGUGCCCAACCCGGUGUUCGUCUGGCAAGAGUGGGAGAUCUGGGCGCCCCUCCGCGUUUUCCUCUCGCAGGUGCUCGGCCGCUCGAUCACCCAUAUCCCCUACGUGCCGUACCAGCUCCACCUCAUCGUGUUCGCCAUUUUCGCCUCGCUCGUCGCGCCCUUUGGCGGCUUUUUCGCCUCGGGCUUCAAGCGCGCGUUCAACAUCAAGGACUUCGGGCACAGCAUCCCUGGACACGGAGGCAUGACUGACCGCAUGGACUGCCAGUUCCUCAUGGGCGUCUUCACCUAUGUUUACUACAGCAGCCUCAUCCGGGAGCACCACAUCACUGUGGGCUCCGUCCUCCAGCAGGUCGUCAGCGGGCUCACGCUCAACGAGCAAGUAGAACUCUUCAACGACCUCGCACGCUAUCUCCAGGGACGGGGCAUCACACUUUGA